AUGCCGACCGUCUUCCUACCGACUAUAUGGACAUCUAACACGCCAUUAGGCGAGAUAGACAUAAUGGGUCACAAAACCAAUUCCACAUACGCCACGGAUUUCGAUGUCGCUCGAAACUAUCACAUAUGCUCACUCUUCCGGGUUGGAAUGAAGAGUUGGGGCGAUUUGUCCUUCGUGAACCCCCAACCCAGUGAUGCUUAUGGCACUGGGCGCGAUCCCGAAAUGAACAUCGGCGAUUUGGCACAUGUAACCUGCGACUAUCGGGGUCCACCCUCACGAUCUCUCGUGUUCGCCACUGCGAUGGCGAAAAUUGUCGUUAAAAAGGGUUACAAGACAGUUCCUCCUGCUCAAUUUCUAGUUGAUUAUGAUCUUCUUCCUAGUCAAGAAAUCGUUGUUCCACACGAGUCCACCCAGAAUUCUUGUGAGGAAGAAAAGUUCGAUGACAACAAUAUGAUCAAGAUCGGAGAGAACAUCGAAGAAAUAAGGGUUACGGGCUACCAAAUGGCGGAGCGGCUCAAUGCUCUAGCUGAAGGAUGUUCGUUUUAUAACAUGAGUGAGAAGGUCUUCUUUUCCAAGCGUUGA